AUGGCGCCCAAAAAUACGGCUUUCGAUUUGCAGAAAUGUGCGCGAUCUAACAUUCUCGCAUUGGAACCGUAUCGAUGCGCGCGCGAUGACUACAAAGACGACGGCACCAACAUCCUCCUCGACGCAAACGAGAACGCAUACGGCCCGGGACUGGCAUUGAGCGGCGAGGGAAAGCUACCUGGCGCGAAUGUCAAUGGCACCUCCGACUCAUCCUCGGCGAUUGAUGUCGAUUUACUUGGCUUGAACCGAUACCCAGAUCCUCACCAAGAAGAACUCAAGCAACUCCUUUGCAAUCUGCGAAACACCCAUACUCACACGUCGAAGAACAUCACACCCGCCAACCUCUUUGUUGGCGUCGGCUCCGAUGAAGCAAUCGAUGCCCUCAUCCGCGCCUUUUGCAUCCCCGGCAAAGAGAAGAUCCUUACAUGUCCACCCACAUACGGCAUGUACAGCGUCUCGGCGCAAGUCAACGACGUCGCCCUGGCUAAGGUUCCACUACAAACACCGAGUUUCGACCUUGACGUACCCGCAAUAUUGAAGGCGAUGGACGAGGACAAGAGCAUAACGUUGGCAUAUCUGUGUUCGCCGGGAAACCCAACGGGAAAGCUACUCAAGAAGGAGGAUGUGCAAUGCAUACUGGAGCAUCAGUGGAAUGGAGUUGUAGUCGUGGAUGAGGCAUAUAUUGACUUUUCUCCCGAUGGAACAAGUCUGGCAGAGUGGGUGGCUGAAUGGCCAAAUUUGGUGGUCAUACAGACACUAUCGAAAGCCUUUGGUCUCGCAGGUAUACGGUUGGGGGCUGCAUUUGCAGACCCUGCGAUUGCGCAAAUUUUAAACAACAUGAAGGCGCCAUACAAUAUCCCGAACCCAACGAGUCAGCUAGCACGUGCAGCUCUGAGCCCGAAACAUCUUGCAGUCAUGCAGAGAAAUAAGAACUUGAUCGUCAAGCAGCGGGAAAGACUAAUAGAAGAAUUGCCCAAGAUCCCUGGCAUCGGCAAUCUCCACGGCGGUGUCGAGUCCAACUUCCUGCUCUACCAGAUACUCGAUGCGCCGGCCGAUCAAGGCGGAAAGCCGUCGAAUGAAACAGCGCUUGCAGUGUAUGAAGGCUUGGCGGAGGAGAAGGGCGUGGUAGUGAGGUUCAGAGGGAAGGAGCACGGAUGUUUGGGUUGCUUGCGGAUAACUGUGGGUACAGAGAAGGAGGUGGAUCGAUUCUUGCAGGAGCUUAAGCAGGUGAUAGAAAGUGUGCAUCACAGUACAGGCAAGUUGGGAAAGAGCGAGGAGCUCCGGAGAGAGAAGGAAGCCAAUGCUGUCAUUUGCUGAAGUAGUGGCUGUUAGAUAGUUCUGUGGCUUUUCUAGAAUCGUCUACGAAGCCCAAUCGAUAGGAGGUGAAGGUGAGUCUCUACUAGCGUCUCUACCUGAUCGUGCCUACCAACCCCAACAA